AUGGGAAUCGCCCGCGCUCUGGAUGUGAAAGCGACAUCGCGGGAAGGGGGGGGGGGGAGGCGGAAGCAGGUGUUGCUAAUAAUAGGACCCUCCGCCGCCUUUCUUCGCCUUCGCUCUCCCCUUCCCGGUCGCAGCCCCUCGCCGGCUGGCCAGACGCGCAUUCCCUCUCCCGCCGAGUGGGGUUCGGUGCUGCGGCUACCCCCACCCCUUCCCGCGGCUCGCCUCCGGUGCGCAAAGGAUGUAUCUCUAAAUGGUGGCGAGGCUGGAGAAGAGGAUGUAGAGGAAGAGGAGGAUGGGGGGGGCGGUACCCCGGGUAAUCAGGUCAUCGUGGCCUCCACGAAGCUGUUCCGAGGGAUCUUCCGGGGCCCGAGCGAGGAGGAGGAGGAGGAGGAAGAGGAAGCAGCAGCAGCAGCAGCGAUGGUGGUGAUCGUGGCGGUCCCUGCGCGGCUGAUGGUCCUUCGUUGCGCUCCCCGGCCGCAGCUUCCCAUCGCAGCCGCCGUUGGAGCCAUCCGCUUUCACUGUGCUCGGAGGAAAGGGGGAGAACAAAAUCCCCCUUGCAUGGCUCAAAGGAGGCGUUGCAAAGAAAACCUGGGCUGGGGAAAAGAAGGGGAAUUGGCCACCGGUUCGCGAUUGGAGGCCGGGCUUGGAAAAUGA